AAAACAAAACUCCAGUCGCCCGGAAAAAGCCACAGCUGCCGUCCCCUUUCCGAACAGAACCGCCGGCCGCCUCCUCCGCCCCCGCCGCCCGCCGCGCGGAGGAUGGCGCCGCCGGGCGGCGCGCCGAGGGCGGCGCACACGGCCCGCGACCUGGCGGAGGAGGGGAAGAAGCGGGCCGUGCUGCUCCUCGUCUUCGCCUUCGGCCUCGCCUUCCUCAUGUCCCUGACAAGCUCUUCAGUCUGGAUUAACUUCCCAUUCGCCAUAUCUUUGAUAGUUCUGUUUCGCUACCUAUCACUUGACUACGACUUCCGUAGAAAGAGCACAACAACCACAGAUCGUGAAGCCAGUCGCCCACUUGCCAAAACAAAAAGUAUUGAAUUAAGCAAACCUUCACUUACCCAGAAGAAUGGAAAUUCCAGUUGGAGGAGCAAGGUGAACUCACCUCCAGUUGAAGCAGCAUUUGAACAGUUCACAAGGCAUCUUGUCACGGAGUGGGUAACAGAUCUUUGGUACUCCCGUAUUACACCUGAUAAGGACGGACCAGAGGAACUCAUCAGCAUAGUUAAUUCUGUCCUUGGAGAGAUUUCUAACCGGGGAAGAAGCAUUAACAUCAUCACUCUGCUAACCAGGGACCUGGUCGAUCUCAUAUGCAAUAAUUUGGAGCUUUAUCAUUCCUGUGAAGCUAAGAUUGGAAAAGAGAAGUUUGUUAGACUCCCGACGGAGCGUCGUGAUGCUGAACUGAAACUCGCCCUUGUAGCUCAAAGCAAGUUGCAUCCGGCUUUAUUUUCAGCCAGUGCUGAAUACAAGGUCUUGCAAAGUCUUGCUGAUGGUUUGCUCUCAAUCACAGUAAAGCCUGAGAAUCUACAGUGCUCGUUCUUCCAUUAUACUGCACGAGAACUUCUUGCAUGCACAGUUUUGAGGCCUGUCAUAAACUUGGCAAAUCCAAGGUUUAUUAAUGAAAGGAUUGAAUCUUUGGUUCUUUCUCGCGCCAACAAGGCAGAUAAAGGAGUUGAAGGAUCCUUGGAGGAUGCUACAAUGGUGAAGCAAAGGGAGCCUCCUAUGCCAUCUGUGGAUGAACUUUCUGCACUAGCAGACCACUCAAGUCCUGGGGUUGAACUUGUUAGAUUCAGUCAGGGCCAGUCCAAAACUGCUUCCGAUAUGCAACUAAGCAAAACUAAAAGUACAUCUAGUAUCAAACCAAAAGCCCUUAAUUCUUCUAUGAUCAAUGAUUCACAUCCACUUGAGUCAGGCAGUUUACCGUCCAAUUCCCACAUCUAUCCAGAUACCGGUAUUUCUGUACACCCCCAACCUUGUGGCAAGAUAGCUGCAGAGAGUUAUGAAGGAGAGUCAGCACAAAUAUUGGAUUUCAGCUCCCACAGAAAAAUUCGAGUCGUGGCACCUGAGCACCUUGAGAAUAUGUGGACUAUAGGGAAGAAUUACAAAUCAGAAAUUGCAAAACAUGUUGCUAAAGCACCUGUUAGAUCUUCUUUGGUCACCCAUUCUUCAGUGCAGGAGCCAGUUCCCUUCAGCACUUCAAUUCGUCAUCCUCCUCCUGUUCCACAAAGGCAAACAACAUUGUCUAAUUCUGAGCAUCAUCAUUUGAUAAAACACUCAGCUACUCCAGCAUAUUCAAAUGGCACUAACCACCUGCCAAAAAGUUUAGCUGGAGAAAUGGCAGGUCAUGCCAGCCAAGAAGAUUCUGCAUUGGACAGUGAGAGUUCAUAUUGCACCGAGGAGGACGAAAAUAACAAUGUAACUGGCUUGGACUCUCCUGUAACCAGAGUUUGGGACAGUAAAAGUAAAGGAAAUGGGACAUCAUCUCAUAUACACCAUCCACUUGAAAUGUCUGGUUUCCAUAAAUCAAGGACAAAUAGAAGUCAUGCGAGCAAGUUGAAAAUGGCAAGAACUUCAUCAGGAAGGAAAAGGACAAGGUCAAAUGUUCAAAAGAUUCCAUUGUGGCAAGAGGCAGAUAGAUCUUUUUUGGCGGGUGGUGAUUUUGGCAUACUAAAUACAUCAGCGAAUGAUUCAAGGACGGAUGGACUGUAUGAUGACACUGAGGUGGAAAGCAUGACUAGGAUGCUUAGUCGUGCAAAUACCUCAUCAUUGUCGUUGGCAUCAAGUGACUCUUCCUAUUCAUCUAGCACCAAUGUGUUGGAAGACUCGUAUUUGAAGUUAAGAUGUGAGGUGGUAGGAGCCAGCAUCGUAAAAAGUGGGUCUGGCAUGUUUGCUGUGUAUUCUGUCUCGGUAACUGAUGCCAACAGUAAUAGUUGGUCCAUCAAGAGGAGGUUUCGUCAUUUUGAAGAGCUACAUCGGCGUCUGAAAGAAUAUCCUCAGUACAGUCUUCACUUGCCUCCGAAGCAUUUCCUCUCAUCAGGGUUAGAGGUUUCUGUUGUUCGAGAGAGAUGCAACUUGCUUGACAUAUAUUUGAAGAAUCUUCUUCAGAUUCCAACUGUUUCAAGCUGUAUUGAAGUCUGGGAUUUUCUAAGUGUCGAUUCACAGACAUACAUUUUCACCGAUUCUCUGUCAGUUAUCCAGGCACUGUCAGUCAAUUUAGAUGUAAGAUCAAAUGAGAGGGGUGCAAAACCAUUGAAUUCUGCCAAAGCUUUGGAUGGAAAUUUGGCCUCUCCGAGACAAACUUUAAGUGCAUCUCAAAAUGAUAAUGAUCAGAAGGAUAACUACUUCGCUGCUGUUGAUGGUGGUUUGAGAUUGAGGAAGGGAAAUACGGAACAGAAUUUAGGACCUAGUGUUAGCAACUCAAGUGCCAAUAUUUAUCAAGACCACUCUGGAAGUGAUCCUGAACAGAACGAUCACUCGUUUUUGAUAAAUUCAGGAAAUGAUAAGAAAAAGCAGUCAGCUCAAACUGAUUAUAUAUCUCAAAUUUUGGAAUCUGAUGGAUACUCAGUGAGUCCUAAUGAAUGGUUGGCCCCAAAUCUUAGUGCCCCCAUAUUUCAUCUGGUCGAUGUGAUUUUCCAGCUCCAAGAUGGAGGCUGGAUCAGGCGUCAAGCAUUUUGGGUAGCGAAGCAAAUACUGCAAUUGGGAAUGGGAGACACAUUUGAUGAUUGGCUUGUUGAGAAAAUCCAGUUACUUAGGAAGGGGAGGAUAAUUGCUUUUGCAGUCAAGCGUGUUGAACAAAUACUCUGGCCAGAUGGAAUUUUCAUGACAAAGCAUCCUGACAGAAAACCAGCUGCUCCUUCUCCUGGUUCCCAGAAUGAUAGCAGGACAAACUAUCUGAUUGAACAACAACGAUUAGAAGAUGCUCAUCGUGCAGAAUUUGUUCGUGAACUGAUAAUAGAUAAAGCACCAUCAGCCCUAGUGAGUCUGGUUGGUCGGAAGGAGUACGAAAGAUGUGCUCAGGAUAUCUACUUCUUUCUUCAGUCCCCGGUUUGCUUGAAACAGCUAGCGUUCGAACUCGUGGAGCUCCUUGUCCUAGCCGCGUUCCCAGAGCUGGACGGCACGGUGAGGAAGUGGCACGAAGACAAGCACGAGUUCUCCGCCAUGGACUGAUUCUUUCGGACGGUUGUGUCUUGGUGUCGAUCUGUUUCGCUGUAAAUAAGAGUGCUGCUGGUUCUUGGCAUGCCGGUUUAGAUGGUGACGGCUCUGCGCAGUGUGAAUACGAGUAGUUAGCAACUAGCAUGGGUAGGAUGGUCAUGCCAUACAGUAUGCCGGUUUUUGUGCUUGACACUUUUUUUGCCGAUAGGGUUUCCGUAUACGUAAUGCAGGUCGAAAAGAAAGAGAGAUUGGUACAGGUUUUUUGGUUCCGCCCUGCGCACACACUGUGCUAGCGUGCGUUUGUAAACCGGCCGUUUUGGUCACACCAAACUUAUCUGCAUGAUGAUGAUGAUGAUGAUGAUGAAUGAAUGAAUGAAUGAAUGGAGUCGAUCGGUUCCUGGUUA